UUGUUCAGUAAUCACCUGCCUCACAGUGGCCUCUUCUCUUGCCCGAGAAAAAGAGAGGGAGGAAAUAUUUGGAUUAUCUGUGUGGACUCCUGAAGUGGCCUGAACAUGAAGACUCUUAUUAAAAUAGUGUCCUGCUGUCUGAUCAUCUUUCAGCUGACUGAUGGAAGGAAAUUUAGGGGUAACAGAGCAGACACUGAGCCUGGAGAGAGGAUGAAGAUGCCCUACGAACCUAAAUCAGUCUUCAGGCUUUACACUGACAGCACAGAUGAUACAUGCACAGUGGAGCUCUUCAAGCCUCACACUCUGGACGCUUGUGGUUUCAAUAGCAGCCAUCCUCUGGCUAUCAUCAUUCAUGGCUGGUCGGUGGACGGAAUGAUGGAGAACUGGAUUUCCAGGUUGGCAUCAGCACUAAAAAGCUCAGAAGGAAGCAUCAAUGUGGUGAUUGCAGAUUGGCUGACUCUGGCACACCAUCACUACCCUAUAGCUGUUCAGAACACACGCAUUGUGGGGCAGGACAUUGCCCACCUGCUGAGGUGGCUAGAGGAUUUCAAACUAUUUCCUUUGGGAAAAGUGCAUUUGAUUGGUUACAGCCUUGGAGCUCAUAUAUCUGGGUUUGCUGGGAGUAACCUAGCUGUGUCUGGAAAAACCUUGGGAAGAAUUACCGGUUUGGAUCCUGCGGGUCCAUUGUUUGAGGGAAUGUCUCAUACUGAAAGACUCUCACCUGAGGAUGCUAGGUUUGUGGAUGCCAUCCACACAUUUACCCAAGAGCGCAUGGGGCUCAGUGUGGGCAUCAAACAGCCUGUUGCCCACUUUGACUUCUAUCCCAAUGGAGGAUCAUUUCAGCCAGGGUGCCAGCUGCACGUGCAAAACAUAUAUGCACAUUUAGCCCAGUAUGGGAUUAUGGGUUUUGAGCAGACAGUGAAAUGUGCCCACGAGCGUGCUGUGCAUCUCUUCAUUGACUCCCUGUUGAACAAAGACAAGCAGAUUAUGGCCUACAAGUGCAGCGACAACACGGCUUUCGAUAAAGGCUACUGUCUGGACUGCCGAAAGAACCGCUGUAACACUUUGGGUUAUGACAUCAAGAAAGUCCGCACCGGCGCAAGCAAGAGACUGUUUUUCAAAACCCGUUCACACAUGCCCUACAAAUUGUUCCACUAUCAAUUCAGGAUCCAGUUCAUCAACCAAACUGAUAAGAUCGAGCCCACCCUCACAGUCUCUCUAACCGGGACACUGGGAGAAAGUGAAAAUUUACCCAUAACACUAGUUGAGGAGAUUUCAGGUAACAAGACUUUUACCUUCCUCAUCACUCUGGAUACUGACAUCGGUGACCUGAUGAUAAUGCGCUUCACCUGGGAGGGAAGCCAAGUAUGGGCAAACAUGUGGAGCACGGUUAAGACCAUGAUACCUUGGGCCAAAAGCAGCAGAGGACCACAGCUCACAGUGGGGAAGAUCACAGUGAAAGCAGGAGAGACCCAGAGGAAAACUACGUUUUGCCCACAGACAGACGAGGGCAUGUAUAUCGAGCCGUCGCAGGAGAAGGUGUUCGUGCGCUGUGAAAAGAAGACACAGCAGAAGCGGAGGAUGAUGAUGAGGAUGAAGCACGACUAAAACAAACUCACCUCACACAUGAGAUCGUGUCUUCACAGCCUUUGGGACCGGAUUUCCUGUAAUAUAUGCUUAAUGUUUCUAACUUUCAUUUUUUAUGAGAAAUUAAAGAAUGACCAAGUGUUCCAGGAUUUUGUUAUUAAACAUGGUUAGGUUUUCGUAUAUCAAAUAUUUUUACAUUUUACUGUAGGCUAUGCCAACUUUUAGCAGAAGCCCUCCUUCCAGAAUCCCGCCCUCAAAUGUCAGCAAAUAGAGAGCAUUCUGAUUGGCUAAAAGGCACGGGCCGCUCUCUUGAUUGACCUUGUGUUUUAGGGUCUGUUUACACCU